CCACCUCGGCCUCUUCCUCUCCGGGCGCUGGUGGCUGCAGCGGACGGCCCGAGGGGGACCGGGCCGUGCCCUCCGUUAAAUCCGCCGCCAUCCGCCCGCCCCGCCGCCGCCAUGACGGAGCAGAUGACCCUGCGGGGCACCCUGAAGGGGCACAACGGCUGGGUGACCCAGAUCGCCACCACGCCGCAAUUCCCGGACAUGAUUCUCUCCGCUUCGCGGGACAAAACCAUCAUCAUGUGGAAGCUGACCCGUGACGAGACCAACUACGGGAUCCCGCAGCGAGCGCUGCGGGGGCACUCGCACUUCGUCAGCGACGUCGUCAUCUCCUCCGACGGGCAGUUCGCGCUCUCGGGCUCCUGGGACGGGACCCUGCGGCUCUGGGACCUCACCACCGGCACCACCACCCGUCGCUUCGUGGGCCACACCAAGGAUGUCCUGAGCGUGGCCUUUUCCUCCGACAACCGCCAGAUCGUUUCGGGCUCCAGGGACAAGACCAUCAAGCUCUGGAACACCUUGGGCGUCUGCAAAUACACAGUGCAGGACGAGAGUCACUCGGAGUGGGUGUCGUGCGUCCGCUUCUCCCCGAACAGCAGCAACCCCAUCAUCGUCUCCUGCGGCUGGGACAAACUGGUGAAGGUUUGGAAUUUGGCUAACUGCAAGCUGAAGACAAACCACAUCGGGCACACGGGCUACCUGAACACGGUGACCGUCUCCCCCGACGGCUCCCUCUGCGCCUCCGGUGGCAAGGACGGCCAGGCCAUGCUGUGGGACCUGAACGAAGGGAAACACCUCUACACCUUGGACGGAGGAGACAUCAUCAACGCUCUGUGCUUCAGCCCCAACCGCUACUGGCUCUGCGCCGCCACCGGCCCCAGCAUCAAGAUUUGGGACCUGGAAGGCAAAAUCAUCGUGGAUGAGCUGAAGCAGGAGGUGAUCAGCACCAGCAGCAAAGCCGAACCGCCCCAGUGCACUUCCCUGGCCUGGUCUGCCGAUGGGCAGACCCUCUUCGCCGGCUACACAGACAACCUCGUCCGGGUGUGGCAAGUCACCAUCGGGACCAGAUAGCGAGAAAGCCUAAAUUUUGUGUAUGGGAAAAAAAAAAAAAAAAUCAAUAAAAAGCGCUUUACAGAG